GAAAUGUUGUAGCAAAAAACAAAUUGAACAACUUCAUGCCCAUUUGGUUCAAACUGGCCUUUUUCAAAGUCUAUAUCUUGUGGGCAAGAUUAUAGUGUUUUGUGCUACAUCAAAUGAGUGUUGUAUGGAGUAUUCGGUGUCGGUUUUCGGUAAGAUUAAUAAGCCAGAUGGGUUUCUUUGGAAUACUAUGAUUAGAGGGUUUGGUAAUACGAACAAAGUUGAUCAAGUUUUUUGUUACUAUAAAAAGAUGGUUGAAUAUGGUGAAGUUGUGGAUAAUUUUACACUAUGUUUUUUGCUUAAAGCUAGUGGGCAAUGUGGGUCAGUUUUGUUGGGAAAACAAGUACAUUGUAGUGUUGUAAAACAUGGGUUUGAGAGUCAUGUUUUUGUGAGGAAUACUAUGAUACAUAUGUAUGGAACGUUAAAAGAUGUUGUCGUUGCACGUCAGGUGUUUGAUGAAAUGCCUAGACCCGACUUGGUUGGUUGGAAUACUAUCAUUGAUUGCCAUGUUUGUUGUGGGAAACACAAAGAGGCGUUGGAGUUGUUUUAUCGGAUGCAGAGUGAUGGUGUAAAACCUGAUAAUGCUACAUUGGCGGUGGUCUUAUCGGCUUGUGCUGCAUUGGGAGAGUUGGAGGUUGGGAGGUGGGUUCAUUCCGUUGUGGAUCAAAGUUUUUUACUGAGAGAUAUGUCACUUGCGAAUUCUCUUAUUCAUAUGUACACAAGGUGUGGCGAGAUGGAAGAAGCACGAAGAGUUUUUGGCAUGAUGAAUGAUAAAAAUGUAGUAACAUGGAACACGAUGAUAUUGGGACUCGCAACUCAUAGUUACUCUCAGGAAGCUUUAUCCAUGUUUUCACUAAUGAUGAACAAAAACGUCAUACCACCUGAUGAUGUUACUUUCUUAGGAGUUCUAACUGCGUGUAGCCAUGGAGGAAUGGUGGAAGAAGGAAGACGGUAUUUUGAAGAAAUGACCAGCAAUUACCAUAUGAAACCAUCAAUAAAACACUACGGGUGCAUGGUAGACAUGUUAUCUCGAGCAGGAUUGGUCACCGAGGCUUAUAGUUUGGUUCACAAUAUGCCUAUGAAAUGCAACGCCAUUAUCUGGAGGACAUUAUUAGCAGGUUGUAAUAUGCACGGAAAUAUCAAACUAGCUGAGGACGUAAGGUGGCAUCUACUUGAGGUGGAACCAGAUCAUAGUAGUGAUUAUGUUCUUCUAGCUAAUACUUAUGCAAGUUUAGAAGACUGGAACCAAGUAUCGAGAGUAAGAAGAUCAAUGGUAGCUGAUAAAGUUCAAAAAGCGUGCGCUGGUAACAGUUUCAUUGGUGUACCAUCGGGAUUCUAACACGCAAGGACCAAAGAG